AUGGCGCCUAAAAUCCCUAGACUACGAUACUCGAACGCCUCCAUCUCUUCAUCUCCGACAAUCCUUCCCUUCCACCGCACCCUCGCCACCGCCGUCUCAGAACCCACCGAGCCAUCCCCUUCUUCGACCCCUCCACCCCGGCGCGAAACCAAAUUCACCGACCGCCUCAACGCCGGCCCCUCGCUCUUCGACUUCGUCUCCGGCACACACCCCAACCUCCAAGGCGGCACGCAAAUUCGCAAAGCCACAGUCGGCAAGCCCGGCGGGAAACAAAAAGAAAUAACCCGACUGCCCUCCUGGCUGCAGACCUCCAUCCCCAACAACUCGAACUACAAACAAAUCAAGAAAGAUCUGCGGGGGCUGAAUCUUCACACUGUCUGUGAAGAAGCCCGGUGUCCGAAUAUUUCAGAAUGCUGGGGCGGAUCGGACAAGUCUGCCGCCACGGCCACUAUCAUGCUGAUGGGCGACACGUGUACGCGGGGCUGCAGAUUCUGCAGCGUGAAAACGGCCAAAGCGCCUCCGCCGCUGGAUCCGCAUGAGCCGGAACACACGGCGGAGGCUUUGAAGCGGUGGGGGCUGGGCUACGUGGUUCUCACGUCCGUAGACCGGGACGAUCUCGCGGAUGGCGGGGCAGCGCAUUUCGCCGAGACGGUGCGGAAGAUUAAGGCGAAAGCGCCGGGAAUGCUGGUGGAGGCGCUGACGGGGGAUUAUGCGGGAGAUCUGGCUAUGGUGGAGAUGGUGGCGAAGAGUGGAUUGGAUGUGUAUGCGCACAAUGUGGAGACUGUGGAGGCGUUGACGCCGAUGGCGAGGGAUCGGCGGGCGAAGUUUCGGCAGAGUCUGGAGGUGUUGAGGCAUGCGAAGGUUAGUAAGCCGGGGGUUAUCACAAAGACGAGUGUGAUGCUCGGGUUGGGGGAGACGGAGGACCAGCUUUGGGAGAUGUUGAGGGAGUUGAGGAAGGUGGAUGUUGAUGUGGUUACGUUUGGGCAGUACAUGCAGCCUACGAAGAGGCAUAUGCCUGUGACGGAGUAUGUGACGCCGGAGGUGUUUGAAUUGUGGAGGAUCAGGGCGCUGGAGAUGGGAUUCUUGUAUUGUGCGAGUGGACCUUUGGUAAGGAGCUCGUACAAGGCGGGAGAGGCAUUUAUUGAGAAUGUGCUGAAGAAGAGGGCUACUCAACAGCAGACCGUACUGGCUGGGCCUGACAGUAAAGCCACAGAUCUGUUCACGUAG